AUGAAGAGCUUCUACGUCCUGGUCACUCUCUUGGCUGGUAUCGCCAUGGCCUUUCCCGCCGAGACGGCCGAGUUAGAGGCCCGAGGAAAAUCUACAGCAUAUCCGUUUCUACUAUACUCUAACAUUUUCAGCCUGACGUAUGUACAUAGGUAUACCUGGCAGCGUGGAGACAUGGCUGAGUCAACCUUAGUUUAUCCCCGGGACCAGACCGUCUGGCACUGGCUCUUCGCAUCCGGCCGGGCCGACCCGAGCACCACCUCGGCGGCGUCCCCGCCCGGCUUCACUGAUGUGACGACGCAGCGGCACCUGACCUUUGCGCAGGUCGAGACGUACGCGACGCACCUGUCCUCAGCGCUAGUCCGCUCGCACGGGCUGCGCGCCGGCGACGUCGCGCUCAUCUUCAGCAAAAACUCCAUCUACUUUCCCGUCGCCGCGCUGGCCGCCGUGCGCGCCGGCGGCAUCGCCUGCGGCGCCUCGCCCGACUACACCGCCGCCGAGCUGGCGCACACCCUGCGGCUCAGCCGCGCCCGCUUCCUCUUUGUCGGGCCCGAGGUGCUGGCGACGGCGCUGGCGGCCGCCGCCGCGUGCGCGCUGCCCGCGGACAACAUCUUCCUGAUUGACGGCCGCCGCGGGGACGCGGUGCGCGGCGUCGACGAGCUCAUCGUCCAGGGCAGCAGGGCCGGAGAAGUGCCGGCGUGGACGCUCCCGCCGGGCACGACCAACCGCGACGUGUGCGCGUACUACGGCUUCAGCAGCGGCACCACGGGCCUCCCCAAAGCGGUCAUGAUCUCGCACGCCAACGUCAUAGCGCAGUGCCUCCAGAUGCAGCCCAUCACGCUGCCCGACCACGACAAGUUCCUCGCCGCGCUGCCGUUUUACCACAUCACCGGGCUGAUCCACCAGUUCCACCUGCCGAUUCUGCUGCGCGCCAACGUCUUUGUGCUGCCCAAGUUCUCGCUGGAGCUUGCGCUGCGCACCAUUGCCGAGUACAAGAUUGUCGAGGUGCUGUUCGUGCCGCCCAUUGUCAUCCGCGUCGUGCGCGAGCCCGAGCUGGUGGGCAAGUACGAUCUCUCGCACGUGCGCCGCUUCUCGUCGGGCGCCGCGCCGCUGUCGCAGGAGAUCCUGACGGCGCUGGAGAAGAUGUUUCCGGGCACCGGGUUCAAGCAGGCGUACGGCAUGACGGAGUCGUGCUCGGUCGUCACGUCGCAUGUCCCGGCCAACUACGACUACAAGUACGCGUUCAAGGUCGGGCAGCUGGUGGGCUCGACGGAGCUGCGCCUCGUGGACCCGGAGACGGGCCGGGAGUGCGGCGUCGACACGCCGGGCGAGCUGUGGGUGCGCGGUCCGCAGGUCACCAUGGGCUAUCUGGAUAACCCGACCGCGACGGCCGAGACGUUUGACGCCGACGGGUACCUGCACACGGGCGACAUUGGCAUGAUGGACGCCGAGGGCUUCGUGUCCAUCACGGACCGCAUCAAGGACAUGAUCAAGGUCAAGGGCGUCAGCGUCGCACCGGCCGAGCUCGAGGACUUGCUCCUGGGUCAUCCCCUGGUUAAGGAUACAGCCGUCUGUGGCAUCGCCGACGACCGCGCGGGCGAGAGGCCCAAAGCAUACGUGGUGCUGCAGGACACGGCCCCGUCGGCGGAAGAAGCGGGCAAGGCACUGCUGGAGUUUGUCAGAUCGAACAAGGCCAGGCACAAAUGGAUUGUCGAAGUCGAGGUGGUGAAUACAAUUCCAAAGAGCGCGGCGGGAAAGAUUUUGCGCAGGAGGCUUCGCGACAGAUCGGCAAUUGAGUCGGUUGCCGUCGUCCGUGAAGACCGGACGCAAGCCAAGCUCUGA